AUGGAAAACAAUUUGAUAACACCAAAUAAUUACGUUGAUUGCUGUCGUACGUGCUUAAAAAGAAAUCCUAGCAACAUGUUUGAUAUAUUUGAGGAACAGGAUCUGGUCAAUAUAUUGACGUCGUGCACUUCAAUACAGAUCCAAAAAGAAGAUUUAUUACCGAAGAAAAUGUGUGAGUCUUGCUAUGAGUGUCUAGUAACCUUUUAUAAAUUCAAAAAGCUCGCUGAAGACAUAGAUCACCAGUUCAAAAAUAUGGCUGUUAAUAAACACUUAAUUGUACAAGAAAGGCCAGACUUAAAUCUUAAACAAUUGCCAGAUAGUGUUGCUGAAAAUAUAAAUAUUUGCACUGAGACAACUCUAGUAAAAUGUGAUGUUAGUAAUAAAGAAUUUAAGAGCAAAUCUAAAUUAGAACAACAUAUAAAGGAGCAUUCACCAUCAGACUGUAAUAUCAAUCAGGCAAAGUUGUAUAAUAAUCCGAUCAGACAGAGGAUACAGCAAAAUCUACUAUGUAAUGUAUGUAAUAUCGCAUUUAAAUCUAUAAACUCACUAUCAGCACAUAAACGUAAGCAUACAGAGAGAGGGCGUAUUUUGUCUUGUUUCAAAUGUGGUAAAGUUUUUAAAAAAGUAAGUCAUUUGAAACGUCAUGAACUAAUACAUAAUGACAACCACCCUUAUAAGUGUUUUCUAUGCUCCAAAACAUUUCCCUUCGAAAGUCGCUAUAUGGAACAUAUAAAUGAACAUAAUGGAAUUAAAACCCACACAUGUGUGUUAUGUGCAAAGGCAUUCACACAUUUGUCAACAUUAAGAACUCAUUUAAAUAUCCAUAUGAAGAAGACACUGAAUCUAUGCCCAACAUGUGGAAAGACCUUUGUAAGUACUACUAAUUUGAGCCAGCACAUGAAACGGCAUAAUGGGUUGAAGACUUUUGUAUGUACCUUGUGUGCUAAGCAGUUUGUUACUAAUGGAGAACUAAAAUCCCAUAUGAAAACUCAUUCAGGAGAACCUGAGUGUGCUUGCGAUCAAUGUGGAGUCACAUUUACUAAAAAGAGUUCUUUAAACAAACAUAAACUCCGACAUCUUGGUAUAAGACCCUAUAAAUGUGAAACAUGUCCAAAGAAGUUUACAAGUAAAGGAGGUCUUAAGCGUCAUCUACGAAUACAUACAGGUGAAAAACCAUACAGAUGUGAAAUAUGUAAUAAAGCAUAUACACAGAGCAACGAUCUCGUAAAACAUACGAGAGCACAUCUUGGAGAGAAAUUGUAUAAAUGUUCGCACUGUCCAGAAAUCUUUCGCUUACAAACAGAUCCACUUGUCUUCCUAUUCAUCCAGUAA